GGAAGCAGCGGUGCCCCCGGUCCUGCGCUCCGGCAGGAGAAGUUGUGUGUGUAGCGGUGGAGUCUCUUCCUGUUGUCGUGUCAGGUUUCACGUUGUUCUCCUCAAACUAGAUGACUUGUUGAUGGUCAACUUCAACGUCGUCCGUUCCAGCCGGUCGGGAAACUUCGUGACGCUUCCGGUAGCUCCGUUGUCACGUCAGGAAACCCCCCCCGCUAACUUAGCACUGAAGUUACCGUUAGCAGCGUCGGUGAGAUAAUGGACUCCCAUGUUAGCUAACGCCCGCUGCCCAACACUGUUCCACGGGGCCACUAAUGCCCGACGGGAUGAUUUAGUUUCCUCCCCCUCCUGGUUGUUGUUUAGCGGCUGCUGGGGCUAAAGCUCGCCCGCUGUUUACCACGGUGAGUGUUAGCAACAGGCUAGCUGAGCUAAGUUCCCGUUUAGAUGAAAAGGAAACCGCUGCGUCCAGAAGGAACGGACUCUUCCUGUGAUAGUUGACGUUUCUCUGAAUGAUGGAGUAGCGGGUCGCGGAGCUGCUAUGGUGUAUGCGCUGCCAUUGCACCUGCCGAGUUGAUCAGCUGACAGCGAGACACCCGAUCCAGCAUGCCGGGCGUCGGGUCCAGACUCUUCUUCUCCGCGGGGUUCGUGGUCGGGACCCUCACUCUGUACGUGUUCCUGCGGCAGGUGUCGUUCCAGUCUUCCGCUCCGCAGGCCGUCAACUCGGUCCGGGACUAUCAGCUCGGGCUGGCUGAGGAGCGCAAGAUCUGGAAGAAGGAGGGGUCUGCUCUGCUCAACCUACAGCACCCCCAUCAGAAAGGUGAGGAUGGCCGUAUUGCUGAUGAGCUGUACAAAAAGGUGCGCAUUCUUUGCUGGGUGAUGACUGCACCAAAGAACUUGGAGAAAAAGACUCGACAUGUGAAGACCACGUGGGGUCGUCACUGCAAUGUGGUGGUCUUCAUGAGCUCCGUGGAUGACCCCGACUUCCCCACUGUGGGAUUGGGUACAGCGGAAGGUCGGGAUCAGCUGUACUGGAAAACAAUCCGGGCCUUCCAUUACGUCUAUGAGCAUCACAGCCACGAGGCAGAUUGGUUCCUCAAGGCAGAUGAUGACACAUACGUUAUUGUGGACAACUUGCGUUGGGUUCUUGCGAACCACACGGCAGACGAGCCAAUUUACUUUGGACGACGGUUCAGGCCCUACGCCAAGCAGGGCUACAUGAGUGGCGGAGCAGGUUAUGUGCUGAGCAAAGAGGCUCUACGGAGAUUCAUAGAAGGUUUUAAAACCAAACAGUGCACUCACACUACCUCUGUAGAGGACCUGGCAAUGGGACAGUGCUUGGAGAAAGUCGGGGUGCUGGCAGGAGACUCCAGAGACAAUGAGCACAGGGAGACAUUUCACCCCUUUGUUCCAGAGUCGCACCUCAUCGGCAAAUUCCCCAAGAGUUUCUGGUAUUGGAGCUACUGCUACUACCCAAUCAUAGAGGGUCCAUUCUGCUGCUCAGACUUGUCUGUGUCUUUCCACUAUGUUGAUGGAUCAGCUAUGUAUUUAUUGGAGUACUACACCUAUCACCUGCGUGCCUUCGGCUAUAUACAUCGUUACCAGCCCCCCGCCCCAAAGCGCUACAGUAUCGAGCAUUCAGGUUCGGCUGGAGAAGAACAAAAAGAGCUGGCUCCUCAGGUGAAAGGCAAAGGAGAAGGCGUUGAUCCGCCCAAGAUGGACAUGAAACAGGACGCAGAUCAACAUCCUGCAGCUGGUGACGAUCCUCCCAUUGCACCAGAGAUGAAACAAAAGUAGGACUCUAUGGUUGUGUGAAGGGAACAUUGUCAUUAAGAAGAUGCAGAAUUGUGUGUUUUUAAUCUUUGCUUAUUCAUUCAUUAUGAAAAUUUUGGCUCAUAUUUCUACAAAAGUAGAACGGUCCACUUUGAUCCGAAGUGUCUUGAGCUGAAGGACUGCUACUAACUUCAACUUGCGACUGCAUUUUAGGCUCAAAGUGGCCCUUAUUUUUCCAGAUUUGUAAGGUGGUUUUUACAAUUUUAAAGUUGAGCAAUUUUCUGUAGGCUAUAAUCAUUUAAAACCAACCAAUAAUUAUUUCCCAGAGCUACGUUUUGUCGACCACCAAAACCUGAUCUACCACUCUUGACUCAAGGCGCAAUGAAGUUGUUGACUUAAUUUCACACAUAGUGAACUAUGUGCCUGCUAAUGACAAUAAAUGAUGUGUCUUGAACUUAAUCAAGUGACCAAGAGGUGAGGUUUGCUGCUACUCCAUACAUUUUCUGAUUAUUGAACAAGAUUAAAAAAAGAUGUUAGAUUAAUAUCUGUGCACUCAUUAAUUUUCUAUCACACUUCAGUGUAAUUGUAUUGUUACGUCCUUGUUCCAUAUAUAGGAAUAAAUCAAUUUUAUUCGUUUAAAUGUUGUGGUGCUAUUAUGAAAGUCCCAUUUAAUUUAUAUUAAGCUUUUUCGAAAAAUUAACUUAACAAAGAAAGCAACUAAUGGUCCUUUUCUUUACCAUUAAAUACAAAUUAUAUUCUUGAUAACUUAGUUUUGUUUGAAAAUGUAAAAGGUUGAAAAUAGUAAAAAUAUCUUUGCAUUGAAAAAGUCCUAAAUUAUUAACUAACUAUCACUGUAAAAAAGAAGCUAGGUGAUAUUACAUGUGUUUGUUUGGAAAACAAACAACAAUUAUAUGGUUAUCAAAACUAUUUGCACAUUGAGCCACUAGUCAAUUAAUAAUCUUUUUAUUUAUUUUUAUUGACAUUUGGGUGAGUAAAGUUUUCUAUUAGAUCAUGUGAAAGUGUAGUAAGAGUAUUUUUUUCUCAUCACAUUUAUUAAGCUGAAUGGUCGGAGCACAGUCAGCUAUGAUUCUGCAGCGCUGUCAGUUAAAUAUAAUGAAAUAUCACACUUAUCCUCAAAAUAAUCCAGGAAAAAAAAAACAAUACAAAAACAUGGGCUAAAUUUCCUUAGCAAGGUUUUUGGAUUCCUCUCUAUCUCUUCAUGGCUAACAUAGAGAGGCAUUCAUGUGACCACAAUGCUUUAAAUGAUAAGUCCUGAUGACUGGAUUUGAACAAUGGAGCCAAAGAUUUCCCUCUGGGAUGAGACCAGACUGAGGACGCACGGACACGCUGUUAUCUGUAAACACCUUGAAGUUAAUGCAGUGAAUGUUGGUACUUCCAUAUUGUGUAUAACUGGUGUUUUAUAUGUUCAGUCAUCACAACCUUUUAUUUGAUCUGGGAUCCAACGAUGGUUGUUAGACGCACCUUCAGCUUGAGAACAGGAAGUCAGUGGGCUGUAGUCAACCAAAGAAAAUCUUCCUGGAGUUGUUACUUCUCUUCAACCAAUCCAUUAGCCUUGAGUAGAAAAAAACCGGUAUGUUAUCUCUAGAUUGAUUAAAUUGGCCACAGUGCACCCAACCGGCAAUAAUCCGACUAAUUUGAUUUUUGUUGGAUGAUGUUGCAUGUUUAAAAGUUGAGUGUCAACCAGUCAGUCAACCACCUUCCUUUCCUUCUUACCCAUCCAUGGCACAUGGUUUUCUAUUUGUUUUUUUCUGAAACUGUCUCUGGAUCAACACUUCACACUUCCCUGUAUCUUCUCCUGGUGGACUCAUUAGCUUGUGCCUUGUACAGUAUAUUGAGAUUGUUUGAGUCAACAGCUGAACACAUGACUUUGCACUGUGACAUGAUCAUAAUGAGAGUGACAACUUUCAGAUGGAGCCUAUUGAAUCCUUCCAAUGUAUAGAGCAUGGCCUUUGCCAGUGGAUUACUUGUUGUUCAAGCAAGAUUGAUUUAUUUUAUACAAAUGUACUUUCAGUAAUGUGUAUUUUCUAAAUGCUGGGCGCGUUGGGACAGAGCCUUUUCUUUUUCUACUCAGUAUAUUGGAUUUAUUAAAAAAUAAUUCUUCCCAGUUUCUUUACUACUUUGUAGCCAAACAAAGAUUAAUGUUAUGGCGGGAUAUUCAUUAAUUACCAAAUACAGAAGAAUAUAAAAUGAAAAUAAAAAAUGGCCUCAGGAAUCAGGCAGGAUUUAGUUUUAUGUAAAAUUGCAUUUGAGUGUUUUGGGGGCUUUUUGGUGCGUUUUCUUUUUAACCACUAAAACCUUUUAAUUUCCUUUUGAGUUUACACAUGUAUGAGGCAACUAAAGCCUAUCUAAUUUCCAAAAGCCUAGUUUCUCUGUGUUCUUAAUCCUUCAGUACAUGAGCACAGAGCAAGUAGGAAAAGUCCAGUUUAAACAAGUUUAAACAAAUCAACAUGUUUUAUAAAAAUUAUUAUCUGUUUGAUAUGGGUUUUUGGUGUCCGAUACCAGUAGUAUAAAUAUUCCUAAAUGUCAUUAAUCACUUAUAAUAUUUUCAGGUUAACCAUAAACUUUAUUUUAAUAACUAGAAAUGAGUUUGAAAAUAUUUUUUUACAUUAAAUGCAUCAUAAACACAUUUUUAAAUGCUAAUACAGAAAGGUCCACAAAUGGCUCAUAUGCGCAAUAUUUCCAACCCAAAGAUAUAUCGGUCGGGUUCCAAAAAUAUGUUCACCCUUGUUUCCAAGUGAAAUAAAAGAUUUUGGACUGAUUUUGACAGUUGCCAAUUUUUUUUGCAUCACCUUCACUUGCCCAAGCAACUCGUUGAUAACUGCCCCAUCUUAUUUUGGGCUGUCUUCUGCAACAAUUUUAUCAAAGGGAAAGUUGUACAGUAGAGUAUUUAUAUUUUAAAUGUCUAUGUUUAUAUUGACGUCUGAACAGAGUCAGUGUUUGUUGCUUGUCUUUACUUUGUGAGUGUUUGAACACAUGUGGGCAGGGUGGUUUUCUGUGAAUGGUUCUUAAAUCACUAUAAAUAAAUGCAUAUUUUAUUGUA